AACGCCAGGCGAGGCUUCCAAACUCUACAUUCCAGCCUCCUCCUCGUGUUCUAAAAGCAGCAGAACAAGUCAUCGCAGGGUCCCAGGGGCGAAGUAGCCUCCACUUCCAUUCUGAAAAGGCCUGGGAGACAGCGCCGAGGAUCAAGCAUGAAUACGCACAGAUGCCCAAUACACAAGAAGCAGAGGCACAGGCCCCCUCGUGAGCAGCCGACCAGCCUGGGGGCUGGCAGCAGGACAGCCGAGUCUGCAUGCUGAGGAAGAUGGGUGAGGCGGUGGCCAGAGUUGCGAGGAAGGUCAACGAGACGGUGGAGAGCGGCUCUGACACCCUGGAUCUGGCUGAAUGCAAGCUGGUUUCUUUCCCCAUCGGCAUCUACAAGGUCCUGCGGAAUGUCACCGACCAGAUCCACCUCAUCACACUGGCCAACAAUGAGCUCAAGUCCCUCACCAGCAAGUUCAUGACCACGUUCUGUCAGCUCCGAGAGCUCCACCUGGAAGGCAACUUCCUCCACCGCCUCCCCAACGAGAUCAGCACCCUGCAGCACCUCAAGGCCAUUGACCUGUCCAGGAAUCAGUUUCACGACUUCCCCGAGCAGCUCACCACCCUGCCUGCCCUGGAAACCAUCAAUCUGGAGGAGAACGAGAUCGUGGAUGUGCCCGUGGAGAAGCUGGCCGCCAUGCCCGCCCUGCGCAGCAUCAACCUCCGCUUCAACCCGCUGAACGCUGAGGUGCGCGUCAUCGCCCCGCCGCUCAUCAAGUUUGACAUGCUCAUGUCUCCGGAGGGCGCUCGGGCCCCCCCACCUUAGACCUCCCUCCUCACGCCCACCCAGCAAGGGACAGAGGCCACCUGGCCUGGCACCCUGAGGGGAGGGAGGCCCAUGGGACCAUGGGAGGCGAAGCUUGGGGGCUGGGGGUGGGUGGGCCGAACAGCAUUUGGUGGGAAGGGGAACAGAGGUCCAGGGUCGGUAGCUUAGAGCAGUAGUGGGCCCUGGAAUGCCCAGGGGGAGAAGGCAAGGCAGGGGCUGGAGCCCCGACGCUGGACUCUCACAGCUUCUGUGCAAACUUGGGCAGACCCCCACCCUCUCUGAGUCUUGUCAUUUGGGGAGGGGGCGGUGGUGCAGGGCCUUUGUCACCUUAGGGCUCCUUGGAGGCGUCUUAGGAAACACAUGCCUCCAAGUCACCUUCAGAUCCUCGGGUGCCGUCUGAGCCCAUGGCUGAGGAUCGCCGAGCGUUUUCUGGCCCCUGUGGGUUGAGGCCCUGUGGGUUUCUAGGGCUGAGAGCCAGUCCCUCGCCCGAGAGGAAUAGAAGACAACCUGCUUUUAUUUAUUGCUUCCUAAGAAGCGACCUGACUGAGGCCUUUCACAGUGCCCCCUUCUCAGCCCAGGGGGGCGCUGGAUUGGCGAGUGCCUGAGCUAGGAGUCGUGGGAAUGCGGCAGAGAGUAUGGCCUGACACCACAGCAGGGCUGGCAACGUGUGUAUAGGAGCCCAAGGACCAUCAGGCCAGGAAACUGGGGAGCAGACCAAAGUGGCUCUAUCUUCCCUGGUAAUUAAGAAAGCUCUGGGGUAAGGAGUUCUGAGCGCUCCAUCCCUCCCUCAGGAGUGACCAGGUGUGCCUGGCAUCACCCCUUGAGCCACGGAAGAGGUGGCCCAGAGAGAAGCAAAGCCGUUUGCGCCUGUGCCACCCUCACCACAGUCUCCCUCUGGCAGCAAGCUGGCUGCCUUAUCAUUGUUCCACCUGCAGGCAGAAAGCUCUGUGACGGGCCAUUAGAUCUGUAGCCGGCCAGCUCCCAGGCUACCCCCAAAAGCCCUGAGAACCUAGUCAUUUCUCGGUCCUCCACGGAGUCAAGGCUGUGGCCUGGCAAUAGGGUGACCAGCCAUCCCUGUUUGCUCUGGACGUGGGACUUUCAGUGCUGACAUGGGCACAGCACCCAGCAAACAGAGACAACCGGUCGCUCUACCAGGAGAGGGCCGAGGGCUUUUUCUUCCUGACAUCUGUGGUUUGGAGAACCCCUGACCGCUUGAUCCCUCAGGCACCUACCUCCCACUUUCUCAUCUGUGGAGCAAGCAGAUCAGAGCCCACCUGGUCCAGACUUUUGUCUGGGAGAAACACCUGAGGCCCCAGGACUUGGCACGAGCCAGGCCACCCAAAUCUGACAUCCGUGGACCAUUGGCCACUCUUCUCUCCUAGAACUAAGCUGUUCAGAGCCCAAACCACCGCUCAGAGCAGAACCCUUUCUGAGAAUGUGCUCCUUCCUUAUCUGCUUCCCAAGCACUGGGGCUGCCGCUGCCCAGGCCUCCCGUCUCUUGGCAAGAAGCAGGCAGGUUGGUCGAUCAUUGACGUGCCACUGAGCACCAAGAGACGCCUUGUUUAUCCUGCUCACCUCCCGAGGCCUGGUUGGUCAAGUUCUGAGAAUCAUGUUUUCAGGGUGAGGAGGCCACAUGAGAUCCCUAGGGCUACUGAGUUCAGCUGAGGGCCAGCGGGGGCUGCCGUUUACCCCAAACUGGCCUGGCCCCGUUCACCCUGUGUCCUGGAAUGGGGUUUCUCCUUGUUGUAGAAGGGGUGCACUUUCCUGAUACACACAAAGGCAUUUGUGGCCAGAGCCUUGCGACUCAGUAUGGUCCAUGGGCCGGCAGCACUGGCAUCCAUAGGAGCUUGUUAGAAAUACAGGACCCCAUGCCCCACCCGAGACCUCUGAAUCGGAACCUGCUCUCCAGAAGAGCCCCAGGUGAUUCGUACAAGCACAUUACCUUCUGAGAAGCAAGGGCCUGGGGUGGCCCCGGGGACGUCCCGAGGGUGGAGGGUGGAGGUCCUCAGCUUUCCCCCAGCACCACCAGGGCUGAGUCUGUGCCCCCCCGAGACCCGUGGCCUCUUAGUUCUUUUCGGAGUCUGCGUGGCAAUCCCACUAAAGGCAGUGACUGGCAGUCACCAGGAGAUGAGGGCCUUCUGGAUCUGCCUUCCUGGUGAACUCCACAAGCCAAGCUGCUGCUUCCCCGCGGGGGUCCUCACUUCAGGUCCUUGCAGGGGGUCGCUUCUGGAAGCUGUUGUCUACUCUGCUAGGAGAGUUUGCCCUGGCCUCUCUGGGAAAGCUUGGGCGGGCAGAGAAGCCCAGAUCAGAGGCCACAAUGCGAGUGAACCCUUAGCUCCAGUCGGCAAUAAAGAA